AUGGCACCACCGUGGGUCACAUUUGACAGCAUCGACUCUUUUGGUGGCGACUGUGCGAAUGCAUCUGAGCCCGACAUUGCCGGCAUUGGCGUUGUACUUUCGUUCAUCAUUGCAAGCUUCAUGACGACAUUCGCCUCGAUCCUCGCUAUGAUGCUCGACCAAGCGUUCGACACCAAAGGGCAUUUUAGACCUCGAGCCCCAUUCAGAUAUAUCCGCGAGCGCUUUCUGGAGAACGAGUGGAAAAAGCAUUAUGCAUGGCGGCCGUUUCUGGAUCCACUCAUCAUUGGCUUUGGCGAUCAGCAACUCAUCACAGGCUACGCUGCCUUCAGGGUGCAAGGCGCUCACUUCGUUUUAAUUCUCUACGUCUGCGCUCUAUCUUCGUCGUCGCACCUCGCAGCUCUCAUAACGCUGCGCAAGUACUUCCGCAAGUACAAGCUCAUUGCCAAGAUCCGCCUUGCACUCGUCGUCUUCUUCGCAGUGUUCCUUUUGACCUCGAUGAUCGCUGCCAUCGCCCUGCCUCCCGCCCUGACGGCCAGGAACCACGGAGCGCCAGUAAUAAAGACUGGAGCACAACGGCUGUCGUUUUUGGCACCGCUAUUCCUGAUACUGGUUGGCUUUUCCACGGCACUGGUGUGCAUCUUGUACGACCCCGAAGGUCGUGGGGUGGAAUCACCGUCGGUGAAUUCGUUCCAAGCUCUUGUGCGCCGCAUGACGGAUACAGAACUACGCAGCAAGAGCUGCCUGGUCCGAUACCUGUGUCCAGCUCGUUGCGGUCUCCAGUUGAUGCUAUAUCUCUUUCUCAACCCAGCCAUUGCAUUUGUGGUCCAAAUACUACUAGCCAUUCUGUCAGCAACGCUGGUCUUGACUCAAAAGUUUGCGGCCCCCGAGGAUCCAGGGCGGUUUUGUGGUUUGCAAGACGACGAAGAGAAUGUAUGGGGAUUCGGGCAGACGCUGAGUGUGACCAUGCUUUUGCUACCAGCCAUUGCAGCAAUGCAAACCUAUCUGGAAGCCAGACAGGAUAUCAGCGAGGGAUUCCGGUGUUCGCAUGAUUGA